UUGCAAAUGGUUGGUGAGAUCAGUUGGGGACUUGUCUCGUGUGAUUGGAAGGCAUGGGCCCAUUAGUGGAGAGAGUUCAAAACCAGUCAAAGCAAGCGUUGGUGCAGUGGGUGAACGGCGUAAGAGAAGCUUGCUGUCUCCAUCGUGUGAUCAUCUACUCUCUCAGGUCAAAACAGCUUGCCAUCCGUACCGGUCAGUGUUUUUUGUUGAAUGGAUUCAUCUUCUUAGGAAGUAUCUUUGUUCUGAAAUCAGUUAUCAUCCCUGCAUUGGAAUGGAUAUUACCUGGUCAUUGCCGACUAAUCAAUUCACAACAGCCAUGUUCAUUUAGCAGUAUUUUGGAGUUUUAUCGAUUCUUACGCGUUGGACUCGUACAACUUAUAUAUGUUUUGUGGUUUUACCCAUUGUACAUAUUCAGCCUUAUUCUCAGCAAUAUCUGGUACAAUGAUAUUGCUAAAUAUGGGUUUUUUGCUUUGGAGAAUUAUGGGGAUCAUGAUACAAAGUUAUCUGAUCAAAAGGAGCCCCAAACUUCGCAAAACACCGUUCAUAGGGAAAAAUCAACUGAUCUUGAAGGGGUUAUGAUCAGUAUAGCGGAGCAGCUUUAUUCGGUCCUCUUGCUGACUUUCUUCUUGAUGGAGGUUUAUGUUACUGGAUUUAUCCCCUACAUAGGAAAAGCUCUAAAUUUUAUGCUUCUGUCAUGGUUGUAUGCAUACUAUUGUUUUGAGUAUAAGUGGAAUCUGUCUGGACUAAGCUUAGACAAGAGGCUGGACUUCUUUGAAUCAAACUGGGCAUUUUUUGCUGGUUUUGGAAAUCCAUGUGUACUGGCAAUGUUUCUUUUCUCUCCACUUGUGAGCUGUGGGUUUCUGGCUAUACUGUUUCCACUGUUUGUUUUGACCGCAACAGGCUCGGAAGCUGACAAAAUUGUUGCCUUACCUAGAAGAAAAUGGAGAGGUGCUGAAUUAGGAAGGCUACCAAUAUUUUUCAUUGCCGAUUACAUGUCAAUGCGAGUCUUAAAAUUAUUUUCUUCGAAAUCGCACCAGCAAAUUAAUGUGAACAAGGCACUCUAAAAUAGAAUGAACAUGUCUGAUCUACUCCCAACGCUCCAUAUCCAUGCAUAACCUCUGAAUCUUAUUUAUGAAAUUUAUAUUUGUAUGGGUCAACGAUGUUCCUAAUUUGUCCACGAUCACAAUAUGAACAUGUGCUCGUAAUUUAUCAUUUUUUUCGGAAGAGAGGAAGAAGUAAAUCCAGAUUUGCUGCUAUCACAAAUGGAAGAUAGCAACUUAUGGUGAUUCCUUCUGUAUCUUAUGUACAGAGUAAUUUGUAACUGGUUUGGUCAUUCUUUCAUAUGAACAAAUCUCUAUGUAUUAAGUUAUUAAUUUUCUUUAAUUUUGUCAUAGCUGAUUAAUUUUU